UCCACCCAACCACUACACUCCACAUGAAGGCUAUCCUCUCGCGGCAGAUCCCGCAACUAGUGGGAUACCGGGGAUUCCGAGAGAGAGAGAGAGAGAGAGAGAGAGAGCGGCAUCUAAGCGGGCGGACGGACGAACCACAAUCCAUGGUGGCGGCCGGCCUAUUGGGAGGACCCGCGCCGUCGCUGACGCCCUUCCUCCGCUCCUCCUCGCCCCAUCCUCCUCUUCCCUCACCCUCUGCCUCUCCUUCCGUCGCCGCCAGAUCUAUUCCCAGACCCUCCGUCGUCCCUAUGGCCGCGUCGCAUUGCAACAGCGGCACCUCUCCUCGCGGCGCCGACGCCUCCUCCCCUUCCUCCAGUCCUAACCUUAUUGAUCCGCCCUCGUUGCUCGUCUUCUCAGGUGGCACUGCGUUUAACGGUGUCGUGGAAGAGUUGAAGAAACUAACGACCAGAGUGGCGCAUGUGCUUCCUGUAUCCGAUGAUGGAGGGAGUACUGCCGAGAUCGUGCGCGUGCUCGGUGGACCAGCUGUUGGGGACAUUCGGUCGAGAUGUUUGAGAUUGUCUGAUGAAAGCACUUCUGAAGCGCUUGCUGUUCGAAUGUUGCUUGGUCACCGUUUGUCUCUUGACGCAUCAGAAGCUAAAUCAGAAUGGCACCAGAUUGUCGAAGGAGAGCAUUGUUUAUGGGAUGGUGUAUCACGACCUUAUGGUGAAACAAUUCGUGCAUUUCUGGCUUUUUUCCAAUAUCAGAUACUUCAACGCUCUAAUGAAUCAUUCUGUUUCAGCAAUGGCAGCAUUGGAAAUUUCUUUUUUGCUGGAGCCCGGAUAUUCUUUCAGUCUUUAGAUGCUGCUAUAUUUUUGUUUUCGCGUGUUUCAGAUAUUCCAACAGAAAGUCUAGUUCUUCCUGUGAUUUCCACCAAUGAUAGACUAACACUGGGCUGUGAACUAUGGGAUGGAACUAUUAUUCGUGGUCAAAAUGAAAUUUCACACCCAACUAACGGAUGCAUGGAACCUAUUAACAAGGAUUGUGCUUCAACCUUAAGGCUGCCUUCUGGAAUUAAGCGGGUUUUUUACAUGUCAAGUGAGGGUUGCAACUUGUUGCAUGAGGUUUUCCCUGCAGCUAACCCUACAGUUCUGGAGCAGUUGAAGAAAGUGGAUUGCAUUGUUUAUGCUAUGGGCUCUCUCUUCACUUCCGUAUGUCCAUCAUUGGUAUUACAUGGUAUUGGUGAGAUCAUUGCCUCCAGAUCUAUUCCCAAGGUACUUUUGUUGAAUGGCUCACAUGAUAGAGAAACUACUGGAUUAUCUGCUUCUGGCUUUGUGACUGCAAUCACAGAUGCUCUAAAUCGAACUUAUGGAGACCCUGGCAAAAGUUUAAAGAACACUGCUAGUGAUUACAUCAAUGCUUUGCUGGUUCCUCGUGAUGGUCAAAUCCUUAUAGAUGUUCAAUGUUUGGCUACUCAACGGAUCUUUCAUGUGGUCCCUGUAGAUUCUAUACAUGAUCCUAAGGUGGGGGCAAUUUUUGAGCCCGAGUCGUUGAUGAAAGCUCUUGCAGAUUUGAUAUACCAACAAGCUUACAAAAAUUUUAUGAUGGAUGCGUCGUUACGUGCCUACUGACUUGGAUGUGUUCUGCUUGUUAGAAGCGUCAGAUGAUUGUAUGCAUACAAUAAAUCCUGCUUGGACAGGACUGGCUGCGCUUCAUGUGAUUUCUAGUUUAUUCUGCUGUAAACUCUGCACUAAAGUAAUAUUUUACAUUUAUUCCGUAGCUGAACUUGAUUUA